CUGGGGGCUGGGAGCCGGGAGCCGCGUACCCGCACCUCCACACCGCCAACACUAGGGGUGCUGGCGGGCCGGCCUCCGCUAGUUCGGAGCGGGCGGCCGGAGGGAAGGCAGCCGCAGUAUCGGGAGGAGGAGGAGGAAGGGCUUGUUUAGCCGCCGUCAGGAUUCAGACCGCGGCCUGGUCGCUGGGUGAUUGUGGCCGGCUGCUCUGUUUGAAGCCGGGAAGGCGGAUUGAUUACUUUUCUGUCGCUCGGUGUGUGUGUGUGUGUCACCCCGGCCAGGGCGCCGCCGCCUGGGCCCGGUCUCUAAGAUGGCGGCCGGCGUGGAGUCGCUGGCCGGCCCGAAGCUGCAGCUCACCGAGGCGGUGGAGCAGUACCGCGGCCUGUCGGAGAGCGACAAGCACUGGAGGAUCCGCCGGCAGUUCAUCCUUCGACACAUCCAGAACUACCCGGGAAACAGGAUGGAGCAGCUGCUCGCCCUCUCCAUGGUGUGGACCAACCAUGUCUUCCUGGGCUGUAGAUACAGCCCAGACCUUUUAGAGAGGGUCUUUCGAAUGGCCGAAGGUAUUGAUGUUGGUGAUGUUGGAUCAUGUGAGUUAGUUCCUGGGAGCACAACGAACAAAAGAUCCAAUUCUGACAAUGGUAAGUGAAAAAGACUGUCCUAUUAUGUUGGUAUUUAUAACAUGGAAAUAGGCAAUUCAGGCUAAACAAUUUGUACUUAUCUUCUGUUCAUGCA